GGAUUGUUAGCCAAGAUGGCGGUGGCGGCUGCCGCGGCGAGGGUCUGGGGGUCAAGUCGAGGCUUGGGCCGGGUUGGCCUACUGCUCCUGCGGCGGCCAGGGGCUCGUGGGCUGGCUAGAUCACAUCCCCAGAGGCAGCAGCAGGACUUCUCGUCCCUGGAUGACAAGCCCCAGUUCCCAGGGGCCUCAGCGGAGUUUAUAGACAGGCUAGAGUUCAUCCAGCCCAAUGUCAUCUCUGGGAUCCCCAUCUACCGCGUCAUGGACCGGCAGGGCCAGAUCAUCAACCCCAGCGAGGAUCCCCAGCUGCCCCAGGAGAAGGUGCUCAAGUUCUACGAGACCAUGACGCUGCUCAAUACCAUGGACCGCGUCCUCUACGAGUCCCAGAGACAGGGCCGGAUAUCCUUCUACAUGACCAACUAUGGUGAGGAGGGGACGCACGUGGGGAGCGCAGCAGCCCUGGACAGCACGGACCUGGUGUUUGGCCAGUACCGGGAGGCAGGUGUGCUCAUGUACCGGAACUACCCCCUGGAACUGUUCAUGGCCCAGUGCUACGGCAACGUGAACGACCAGGGCAAGGGGCGCCAGAUGCCCGUCCACUAUGGCUGCAGGGAGCGCCAUUUCGUCACCAUCUCCUCUCCACUGGCCACGCAGAUCCCUCAGGCGGUGGGGGCAGCCUACGCGGCCAAGCGGGCCAACGCCAACAGGGUCAUCAUCUGUUACUUCGGAGAGGGCGCGGCCAGUGAGGGGGACGCCCACGCCGGCUUCAACUUCGCUGCCACCCUCGAGUGCCCCAUCAUCUUCUUCUGCCGGAACAACGGCUAUGCCAUCUCCACACCCACCUCCGAGCAGUACCGCGGGGAUGGCAUCGCGGCUCGAGGCCCUGGAUACGGCAUCCUGUCCAUCCGCGUGGACGGCAAUGAUGUGUUUGCUGUGUACAACGCCACCAAGGAGGCCCGGCGGCGGGCCGUGGCGGAAAACCAGCCUUUCCUCAUUGAGGCCAUGACCUACAGGAUCGGGCACCACAGCACCAGUGACGACAGCUCGGCGUACCGCUCAGUGGAUGAGGUCAAUUACUGGGACAAGCAGGACCACCCCAUCUCCCGGCUGAGGCACUACCUGCAGAGCUGUGGCUGGUGGGACGACGAGCAGGAGAAGGCCUGGAGGAAGCAGUCCCGCAAGAAGGUGAUGGAGGCCUUUGAGCAGGCCGAGCGGAAGCUGAAGCCCAGCCCCAGCCUGCUCUUCUCAGAUGUGUAUCAGGAGAUGCCUACCCAGCUCCGCAAGCAGCAGGAGUCUUUGGCCCGUCACCUCCAGACCUAUGGGGAACACUACCCACUGGAUCACUUCGAGAAGUGAGGCUACUUGCCCCAUCCCCACCUACCUCAACUCUGCCUCUGAGGGGCAGAGGUGACGGGCAGGAUGCUACCCUCUUCCCCUGACAGCUCCCUGCAGCACACUCGGGCCAGGGCAGCACUUGGGGCGGCUCCUGCCUCUCCAGGCUGUUACGUUGGUGGGGCCUUGGUCAGCCCCUUCUUUGCCUUUAGUUACAGGGUCUUCUCCCAGGGGCUGGGCAAGGGCACCUCCAGGACUGGAAGCCCCUCAGGGCUGGGGGUGGACGUGGCAGGUCAGCCUGUGGAACUUAGUCAGAGUGAGAGGUGGUCAGCAGGUAGUGAAUAAACUGUGUCUCUGCA